AUGACACGACUUGGCCUACUUUCGGAAAAGCGAAAACGGCGCCAUCGGCCCAAGGAAACCCUCCAGGGCUCUGAGACUUGGGACCAAAAGAAAAUAUCGGCAUCUGCACCUGGAUUUCUCGGUCGUACAAGCUACUGUGAUGUCUUCCUGGAAACCGACAAUGACCUGCCGACUGGGUACAUAUCCCACUUUAAAACCACAGACCCAGGUCCUAUUGAUGCACAACGAAUUCGCCUGGGUGCACAGAUUCUUAUGUUAUUGAAAAAUCAAGACCUGUAUCGAGAAAUCGUCGAAGAGAGAUACAAGAUCUGGAGAGGAUGGACUUUCGGAUACCCGAUGACCAAUGUGAUUUUCAACAGCGUUGAAGAGAUGUGGAAGGACGCAAAACAGAAAAUAAAAGACGACAGUGAAUGUGCGCUGGCUCUUUCCAAAAGCAUCUUCAAAAACUAUACCCAGCCGAUCCAGCUAUCUUCUACUACGUCAUGGGAAGAUUUUGCAUCUUCUGCCUCACAUAGAUGGGAAACAAUCGGCUUGAUGUUUGCAAUAAUGGGGAUAGCGACGAGAUACAUAUCACACGAGCUUCCUAUGUUUAAACGGAAGGGCUCGCCAGAUCCGAAGAGUCUAGCUAUCACUGCCACCGCAGUGGGUGAUAUCUGUCUGCAGCUCUGCGACAGCACGGGUGUCAUGAACGACUAUGUGGUUUUGUUGCUUCUUCACCAUACUUCGCUUCUGACGACUAUCUAUGGAGAGAGUGACUAUCGGCCUUGGAGGAAACUAGGGGAGUUGUCGACAGCUGUAUUUGCACUCGGGCUGCAUCAAGAGUCAUCCAACCUGCCUUUCUUUAUCCGGGAGAUGCGAAAGCGUGUUUUAGUAGCCGCAUAUGCCAUGGACAAAACCCUGGCAACAUUUCUCGGCCGACCACCGCUUAUCAGCUGUCGCUAUUGUGAUAUAGAGUUCCCGCUGGAUUUGAGUUGUGAAGAGAUCGCUGCACCUCCAGAGGUUCGCAAUGCUGCUAUCGCGAAGCUGACUCCCGAUGGCUGGAAUAGCGAGGGCAGCUUGGUGAAAGGCUCAUGGGCACGGGUCUACUUCCUCACAAGUAUUCUCCGAGAAAAGAUUUUGGAAUUGUCACUCAGUCGCCAGAGUGAUAAUCUGGCUGAACAGGUGGAGAAUCUAUCGCAGGAGUCUCAUAAGACGUACCAAGAGUUACCAAUAUGGCUCCAUUGGACCCCCAACAUCGGUUACCCAACUCCAUCCGCUCUGCAGGACAAUAUUUUGUUCGACCUGUACCUCGACUUUCUUUACAAUGACUUCUUACUAUACCGGAUCUUGGCGAAACGAACUCAAACUCAACCAGACGCGAUCAUCAGUGCAUCAUGCAAGAUUCUGAAUGCAUCACUUUCCAUGUUGACCAAAAUCGCGAAGUUAAAGGCACCUGGCUGGGACAUAGGAUGGCAUCUGUGUUAUGCUGGACUCCCCGCGGCAGGUGUCCUUUGCGCCGAGUUACUACGUCGGUCUCGCUCUAUGCUACCCGACACUGACAUCUUUCAACGCUCCGAAAUUAUCCAGAGCCUCAGCGUCUUUGCCUCACACCUCGGUACUAUGAUCCAGCCAGAUGAGGGAAAUUAUCGAAUCGCCGAGCAGGGACGACGGGCCAUCCGCCAUGUCUUGGAUCAGGUUCUUUCUGUGGAUAGCCUUUCUGCUAUCCCUGCAACUUCAGACGAAGAGCUUGAUAUCCACGAGCAGAUCUCAUUUGAGGAAAGUCUACUCAAUAAUGUCGAUAUUGAGGACCGAGGUCCUUUCUUAGACUGGCUGAAUGGGACUGCGGAGCAGUGUCACGAGCCAUGGUUGACAUGGAUGAACUUUAGCUGA